UUGCAGGGGUGUAUCUUUGUUCUGUGGAACACACACAUUACACAUUAGGCUGAUCCAAUACAUCAGCAGACUUGUUUGAAUCAAUCAGUCAUAGAGGAAAACUGCAUCAGCAAGGUUGAGCUAUGAAUAUCUUUAUCUCCUUAAUAUUGGUAGUGCUGGCCAUUUUAUCUUUUGCUGACCACACCGUGGUAAGGGUAAAUCCGUAUAUGGAGUAUUAUGGAUCGUACAUUUAUUUUAAGGCAGACGGAGAUCGGCACCUAAAUGAGGACUUAAAUCGAGCGACGGUAAAGAAGACUAAGUAUGGUUGGCAAUGUGCCGGGGUGACGUGCCCCAUAAAGUUUACGGCAUCUUGUAAGGUAACAAAGGUCCUAAAGCCCUCUGAUCUACAGCACACUGAGCUCCUGAUUUUGUGCAUGGAUAAAAACGAUAAGCCUAUGUGUGGGAUAACACGAACUCGAAAAGGGGUAAUACAGGAAGUUCUGGACGUGGAUGAAAACGGAAAUACGAUAUAUGACAAAAAGGAAGUUAUUUCGGAGAACGAUGGUACUAAAAUCCCUAGGUGCCCACGAAAGUAAAUGAUGUGCACUGAUCGACUUCACACAAAUAUGUUUUAUCUACACAAGGUUUUUAACUUUAAAUGUUAUGGACUAUAAAAAUAAUUACACAUUUUUGUGGCAACCAACAAUGGUUUAUAUAUCUUGUAGAAAAAAUAUUGGUAUAGUUUGGCAAUUAGUAUGUAUAUAGAAUUGGUGAAACUAACAGAAUGCGUUACACAUAAAUAAAGAUAACGAACACAAAAGACAAC